UGUUUUAUUGUUUGUAUAGUUUUAAGCAUUUGGCCAAAAAAACUCUCUCUCGUCCUUGUAGAGGGUAAAACAAGCAACCGUCCGUCUGUCUUCCUUCUUGCGUGGCCCCUCUGUGGUUCUGUACCGGUCGGCAAGCAACCGCGGACCUCUCUCUAUCAGUAGGAAAAACUGCGGCAACUUGCUUUCAAUGUUAAUCUUGGUGUUUGUCAGAUAAGCUGUUCUUGGAAAAGGACUGGAGAAACCGAAAGAAAAAUUGCGUUACUAUGAUGUGCUACAGACAAUGUGAUUCGGGAUUUAAUUUAUUAUGUUUCAUGAGUAGACAGUGGUCUGUAGGUGUGCAUUUUGACUUUGAAUCUUGUUAGAAAGAAUUGAAGAAACCUUGGUAUGUGCCUUCUGCCACAACAGUAUUGACCUUGCUUGAGUUCUCACAUUGUAUACAAACCUCAAAUGAGCACUUGUGAGAGCAUGAGUCUUGCAUGUGCCACCAAAACUAUUGUUUCUUUAAAGGUUUCGCAGAUAAAAGUUCUACAUCAGUUGGUUCAAAAUCUGAAUCUAGCAAUAGACGGAUAGUAAGUACCCAGUGCUUCUCUAUGGUCAACCUUCUUGCAUCUGCUUUAUCUGUCUUUGAAUCGCGUACUCAGUCAUCAGAUUGUGAAAAGAGGGGAGUUAAUUUGAGACGAGAUGGGUGGACAGCAGCUGUGAGGAAGGUUCUGACUGGUGGUUCAAUGAGGAGAUUUCAAGAGCGUAUACUAAGAUCCUGUAGGACUGGCAUGUCUAGUUCAACUAGUGAUAUAUGGCUUCUAGGUGUAUGCUAUAGAGUGUUACCAGAUGACUCUGAAGAUUCUGCUACUGACAAUGGAUUGGUAGCAUUUGAGCGGGAUUUUUCAUCAAGAAUUUUAAUGACAUAUCGUAAAGGAUUUAAUGCUAUAGGAGACUCAAAGUAUACAAGUGAUGUCAACUGGGGAUGCAUGCUUCGGAGUAGUCAGAUGCUUGUUGCUCAAGCUUUGCUUUUUCAUAGAUUAGGAAGAUCUUGGAGGAAACCUUUGCAGAAGCCUUUGGAUCAAGACUAUGUAGAGAUCUUGAACCUUUUUGGUGAUUCUGAAGCAUCGCCUUUUUCCAUCCACAAUCUUCUUAAAUCUGGGAAGACAUAUGGCCUCACUGUUGGAUCAUGGGUAGGCCCUUAUGCUAUGUGUCGCGCAUGGGAAACUCUAGUUCGAUCUAAGAGAGAGACAGAUGACUUUGAGGACCAGCCGCUUCCCAUGGCUGUCUAUAUUGUUUCUGGAGAUGAAGAUGGAGAGCGAGGUGGAGCCCCAGUUCUGUGCAUUGAAGAUGCCUCUAGACAUUGUUUUGAGUUCUCAAGAGGUCAAGCUGAUUGGACGCCUAUUCUUUUAUUGGUUCCUUUGGUACUCGGACUUGAAAAAGUCAAUCCCAGGUAUAUUCCAUCAUUAUGGGCAACAUUCACAUUUCCCCAAAGCCUUGGUAUAAUGGGGGGGAAAUCUGGUGCAUCAACUUACAUAGUAGGUGUGCAAGAUGAGAAAGCAUUCUACCUAGAUCCACAUGAAGUUAAGCAGGUAAUCGAUAUUAAUAGAGAUGAUUUAGAGGCUGAUACUUCAUCUUACCACUGCAAUGUGACACGGCAAAUGCCCCUAGACUCGAUUGAUCCAUCCUUGGCGAUCGGGUUUUACUGUCGAGACAAAGACGAUUUUGAAGAUUUCUGUUUUCGAGCAUCAAACUUAGCAGAGGAAUCAAAUGGUGCACCAUUAUUUACUGUGAGUCAAAUACAGAAUCUUCCGAAGGCAAUUAAUCACAACAAUGUGUUAGGUGAUAAUAGUGGCAUUGGGGAGGAUAAUUCAUUCGAUGUGCUGCCCAUGAAUGAUGCAGAGGGCAAUGCACCUGAAGAUGACUGGCAACUUCUUUGAAAGUGAUGGAGAAGUUCCAAAGCAUUGCCAGAAAAUUAAUAAGCUCAUAAUUAUUGGAUUUUCUGUCCAUGCUGUUGAUUGAAGUUUGUAUCUUGUUGAUUUUGUCCAUACUCAGAUUUGCUAAUCACAUUUGUAAAAAACUUUGAUAAACCAUUAUGAUUUGUAUAUUUUAAAUUAUUAACAAAGUGAUUAUAAUAUCCAAUUAAUUAUUACCAA